AAAUAUGAUCCCUACCUACUUCUAACAUCUGCAAAUCAAAAUAUUGAACCAUAUACAGCAACAGCUUGUUGAUUGUUUCAAGUGGAGUCAAAAAGUGAAAAAUGACAAUUUUCCCUACUUUACUGACUAUAAUCAUUUUCGUCGAGUGUCAGAUGGUAUGUACUAAUGAAGUUCCAGAUAUUCGACAGAUGUCUGACACGAAUGAAACAGAAAACAAAAAAAUAAAAGAAAUUGAUUCUAUAGAAAAGAGAUCUAUAUCAGAGGAUACGUAUAGCACGGACGUUACAAGUCGAAGUCGAACAGGGGAAAGGUCGGUAAAUGCUGAAAAUGCCGGAAUAAGGAUAGAAAGACAAGUAAAAAGGGCUACAAUAACAGAAUUGGAAGACCAAUUAAAUGUUGCACGAAAGGAAAACAGAGCUCAAAUAAAGGCAUGCGGCGAAGAACAUAACUUUAAGCCGUUUGAACAAUGCAAAAAUUGUUAUCAGAACUGUGGAGGUCCUGGACAUUGUAUGAGGUGCAGAAGGUUGUGCGUACAGGACAAGAACGAAUUGAACUCAAAAGGCUGUGAUAUAGACAAAAGUAAAAUAAACAAUCUAAGAGAAAGGAUAAAUGUUUUAAAAUCAGGAAAAUGAGAUAUCAAGAAGUGAAAAGAGUUACUGUAGUGAGUUUAGACAGUGUAAUGAAUAAAAUCAUAUGCCUUGAA